UAUUAAUGUAUCUAUCAGGUUGGAGAAACUUGAAUUCCGCAUACACAAAUACUGAUGCUGAUUGUGUGAUUUUAGGAUGAAUCAUUUCAUAUUUUAUUUGGUUAACUAAGAAGAAAACAUCUCAUUGGUUUAAUGAAUAAACUUGUCAGCAGACAACCUAAGACCAUUCUUGUCAAUGAAGAAGACAUAAGAUGGAGAAGUGUGUCCAUCUUCACAACAGUGGAAACAGCACCAUGGUGUUGUAGGCUUGUCCUUUAUCUUGGGUUCUUCUUGGGCUUCAGGUUUUAAGGACUUCUCAAUCUUUACAUCUCAAAAGUUUGACAAUUUCAUGCUGCAACUCAUCUAUCGGCUUUUGAAUUCUCCUGGUUAUGGCAGAUGAACCAGAUUCUGUUUGCUUGUUUGUUUGCAUGUCUGGUUGGUCGGCUUGUUUGUCAUCUUCAGCUGUUAGGAGGAGUAGAAACUUUAAGAAUGUAUGUGGGUUAGUCUAUUUCUGUUCAACCGCAAGCUGGUGAUUAAUCUGUUAAUAAGGAUCCAUGGCAGAUCUGGUUCAGUAGAAACAAAACCACACCUUUCUAAAAACAACUUUGUAAACAACAAAUGCUUUUUCCUUAACAAAAGCAAAAAUUAAAAAUUAAAAUUAGCAAAUAGCUCAUAAGGCUUGUUUGGGGCAGUAGAUGCCUAACAAUAUUAGCGACACAAAGUUAGAGGCAUGUAAUACGUUUCCUGACUGUCUAUGCACAAGACUAUAUGGAGUCAUUGAGAUAAAACUCAAGAUUGUUGCACCAGAUGGCAUAAUCUACUUCCCUUUCUGAGCAGAAGAUGCUUUUUCAAUACGUUCAACCCCUAGUCCCUGGAUUUCAGUGGUACUUUUAAGAAUGGAUCAGGUGGAGAUGAGUACUGUAAUAUGGUUUCAUUCCUGGACAGAAAGUAUCAGUUCUUAAUGAGAAGGAACAUCUCUUUUUGUUUCCAGAGAAAGGAUUCAGCUCCACUGAUGGUGCAGUAGAUGGAGUGCUGAUAGUGUGCAAAGGAGCAGGUUUAAUAUUUACAGUGACAGUUUCAGCAGAACUUUUAGCAUUACAGGUUUAUAACACCCUCGUAAGGUUGAGGGAGAUUCACCGAGUUGCAUGUAGGUUGUGCACAGACGAGUGGAAAAGAUUAGACAGGAAUCAACUGGUUAGAAGGUUUAAUAUAUGGUGUGGUUUGGAGGAAUUACUUUGUCCUGGAAGAGAUUCUGUCCAGAAAAUUGGUAACAGAGGAACAUUUAUGAAAUCUGGCUUUGUGCUUCUCCUCUCUCUCUCUUUCUCUCUCUCUCUCUCUCUCUCUCUCUCUCUCUCUCUCUCUCACUCACUCACACAUACACACACACACACACACACACAAAAACUAGGAAGUGACAAAACAAACAAAACUCAGAGUCUCUCUCUCUCUUUCUCUCUCUCUUUCUCUGUGUGUAGGUUCAGGAAAAUGGCUGAGGCCAGUAUUUCAGUAGAUCAGGAUCAGUUUAUCUGUCCAGUGUGUCUGGAUCUCCUGAAGGAUCCGGUGACUAUCCACUGUGGUCACAGUUUCUGUAAGGUGUGUAUCAAUGGUCACUGGGAUCAGGAGGAUCAGAGAGGAGUUUAUAGAUGAAGUGGUGGAGAAACCGAAGAAGAAGACUGAGGUCCAAGCUGCUUCUCCUGCUCACUGUUACCCUGGACCUGGAGAUGUGGAGUGUGAUUUCUGCACUGGGAAAAAAAACUGAAAAACAGGUGAGAACUACAGACAUAUUAGAAUCGAUUCAUUCUAAUUUAAGGAAUCAGGCAUAUAAAUAUAAAGGGGUAAAGUGUGUGUUAAAUGUGUUUUUGAUUAACUGUUUUAAACUCUGGAUCCUAAAACAAUGUAAAAACAAAAGAUCUAGUGACUCUUAAGGGCUAUAGAAAUAGACGUUAUUUCCAUACAGUGAUGUCAGUGUGUGCCAGGUGUCUGCCUGCAGCUACCAGCCAGUGAACAAUCAUCUGCUGGAGACUUGCAUGGUGUUUCUCGACUAGAGGUUUGUACCAUGAGGGGAUGAGUCUGGCCUGAACAGAUCUGACCAGUUUGUCUCCUUAUAGUCUUUGAGUCUGGUGUAUUUUUUAUACAAAUAGUGUACAGUGAAGAUCUGAAGAAAGAUCUGUACUCAGGCUCGACUUCUACCACUGCUAAUGAAUGUCCAGGAAACUUGUCCUUCAGCAACUUUAUUUUAUUUCGGAAGAAAGAGAGAGUAAUGCUGAACAAAUUCCCUCCUCAUAGGGAUUAUUCUUAAGAUCAGCAGUUUUUGUCAGUGGGUUUGUUACUUUUCCAAAGCCUUUUUUGAAAGGUUCCACUUUACAAUAAAAAUAAACCAAACAACUAAUUGUACUCAGAGUGAGUUAAAGGAGGAUCAGAUGAAAUUCCAGCAGAGAAUCCAGGAGAAGCAGAAGAAGGUGCAGGAGCUGAAACAGACUGUGAACACUAUAAAGCUCAGUGCACAGACAGCAGUGGAGGACAAUGGCAGGAUCUUUACUGAGAUGAUCAGCUCCAUGGAGAAAAAGCGCUUGGAGGUGACGGAGCUGAUCAGAGCUCAGGAGAAGGCUGAACUGAGUCGAGCUGAACGACUCCUGGAGCAACUGGAGCAGGAGAUUGCUGAUCUUCAGAAGAGAGACACUGAGCUGAAGCAGCUUUCACACACACAUGAUCACAUCCACUUCCUCCAGAGUUUCCAGUCUCUCCGUGUCUCUUCUGGACGUGACGACUCAUCCAGCAUCACUGUCCAUCAACAUCUCUCAUUUGAUGGAGUGAGGAAAUCUCUCUCAUGCAGCACUUCAGAUGAUUUUACCAUCAGGACCAAACAGCAGAGAACACACUCUAACAUGUUCACAUUUCUCAUGUGUUUAGAUUUCUGUGAUCUGACUCUGGAUCCCAACACAGUACAUUAUUACCUCAUUCUGUCUGAGAAGAACAGAGCGGUGAAGAGCAGUGAGACAAAGCAGCAGUACUCUGAUCAUCCAGAGAGAUUUGACUACUGGGAACAGGUAUUGAGUAAGGAGAGUGUGUGUGGACGCUGUUACUGGGAGGUGGAGUGGAGCAGUGAGGGAUAUGUCUUUAUAUCCGUUUCAUAUAAAGACAUCAGCAAGAAAGGAGAUUAUGAGAGUGUGUUUGGAGGCAACGAUCAGUCCUGGAGCCUUCAGUGUUCUUCCUCUUCUUACUCUAUCUGGCACAACAACAUUAAGACUGAUCUCAGAGUUCCAUCAUCCUCCAGAAUAGGAGUUUAUGUGGAUCACAGUGCAGGAACUCUGUCCUUCUACAGCGUCUCUGACCCCAUGAAGCUCCUCCACAGAGUCCACACCACAUUCACUCAGCCUCUAUACGCUGGGUUCUGGCUCGACUUAAGAUCAUCUGUGAGAUUUUGUGCUCCAGACAGGGACGAUUCUAGGAUUUUCAUUUAAGUGGGUCUCGGCCCCACAUGAGAGUAUAAUAGUAAAAAAUAAAAUAAAAUAAACAUUUGACUAACAGGGUAGGAUGGUAAACUUAUUGCAGCAUUCCACUGUAUUGCAUAGAUGUGUAUAACAUUUGAGUACUGAACAAGCCAAAUACGAGUCUUCCUGAUCACACACACACACACACACACUUGUCCUCUGAUCCUCGCUCUGCGGAUUGAAGAACGGGCUGAAAGAUGGGGAGGAGCCGAAGUCUGACGCCGUUUUCAUAUGAAAUUUAUGUUUAUUACAGAAUUUUUAGGGGGGCUGAGUAGAAAUGUUAGGGGCCUAGCGACACCCAUGCUCCAGAAUAAAUUAUUUAUAUUCUGACUUUUCUUAUCAAGUUAACACAUCCUUUCUCUAAAAGAAGAUUUUACUGAUAUAUCACAGUAUUAUAUUGUUUAGCCAGUAGACUCUUACUCUUAUGACACAUGUAUGAUAUCAGAGGAAAUAAAAAAUAAUUAACAUGAACACUUUAGUAUGCAUCAUUAUUGUUUUGUUCGUCCAGCUCCACACUGCCACUAUUUUACCUAGAUGUAAGUUCUUCUCAC